CUGAGAGUGAGUAGAGCCUGCAGGGGGACAGAUCAGCCAUGGCUCUGCUUCUGGAUAUGGCUGCAUACUGCUGCCUGAUCCGCCGCCGGUGCAGGAGGAGGAGGAAGAAACGCUCAGAGCGUAAAGGUGGAUCAGGGAACCGGCUGACCCGAACCCAGCAGAGGCUACAAAUCAUAGAGGGGAUCGAAACACAAAUCAUGAGUUCAUGCAGCACAGAUGUUAAGGAAAAUCGCCACUUGGACAACCUCUUCUCCAAAGACAGGGUUGCAUCUGUGGCUGGUCAGCUCCCCGGUGGAAAGACUGGGCGAGGGAGGAAACGGCCCUUAGCGGAGGGAACUAAUGGCCGCUCAACUUGCAAGUACUGGCCGAAAAAGCGCAAGAAAGUUCCAGGGCCCAUUUUGCCCAAGAAUGCUCUCAUGCAGCUUAAUGAGAUAAAGCCAGGACUUCAAUACAAGCUGCUUUCUCAGUCUGGCCCAGUCCAUGCACCUGUCUUUGUGAUGACUGUGGAGGUCAAUGGGCAGCUAUUUGAAGGUUCAGGUCCAACAAAAAAGAAGGCCAAGCUGAACGCUGCAGAGAAGGCACUGCGUUCCUUCGUCCAAUUCCCUAAUGCAUCUGAAGCCCACAUGGCCAUGGGUCGGACUCUGUCUGUUCACACAGAUUUCACCUCAGACCAGGGGGACUUUCCUGAUGUACUCUUCAAUGGUUUUGAGACAUCCAGAGCUUUAGAUGACCCAUUAUACCUGGCUCCCAACAAUAACAGUUCCUUCACAUCUCUGGGAAUAGCAUACCCGUUGUUACACCCCCCUGCCUCAGACAUAGUUCAGUCUUGCUUACCCCCUACACCGUCUGCCUUUAUCUCUGUGACAGCUGGCAAGAAUCCUGUAAUGAUUCUUAAUGAGAUGAGGCCAGGACUUAAAUAUGACUUUGUGUCAGAGAGUGGGGAGAGCCAUGCCAAAAACUUUGUCAUGUCAGUGACCGUGGACACUCACAACUUCCAGGGUUCUGGACGGAACAAGAGGCUGGCAAAGGCCCGGGCUGCCCGGGCUGCUUUGUCUGUACUCUUUAAUAUUGAGCUAGACCAGGUACCGUCCCGGCAGCCCAUACCCAGAGAAGGACUGCAGCUUCAUCUACCACAGGUCUUGGCUGAUGCCGUCUUUCGUUUGGUUGUCGAAAAGUUCAGAGAACUGACUGAUAACUUCACAUCUCCACAUGCUCGAAGGAAAGUCUUAGCAGGUGUCGUCAUGACAACAGGUAGAGAUGUAAAGGAGGCAGAGGUCAUCUGUGUAUCCACUGGGACAAAGUGCAUCAAUGGUGAAUACAUGAGCGACAGAGGACUAGCACUGAAUGACUGCCAUGCUGAAAUCAUAGCUCGGCGCUCCCUCGUCAGGUUUCUGUACUCCCAGCUGGAACACUUUCUCAGUUCCAAUGAAGAGGAGCACCACAAAUCCAUCUUCACCAGCUAUGACAACAAACAAGGCUUCAGACUGAAAGAAAAUGUCCAGUUCCACCUGUACAUCAGCACCUCCCCCUGUGGAGACGCCCGCAUCUUUUCACCUCAUGAAGCUGCUGUAGAGGAUCAGAGUGACAGACACCCAAACAGAAAGGCCCGCGGGCAGCUGCGGACUAAGAUCGAAUCUGGUGAAGGAACCAUCCCUGUGCGCUCUGGUAGCAGCAUUCAGACAUGGGACGGGGUUCUUCAGGGUGAGAGGCUGCUCACCUUGUCCUGCAGUGAUAAGAUUGCCAGGUGGAACGUGGUUGGAUUCCAAGGCUCUUUGAUGACCUACUUCACCCAGCCCAUCUACUUCUCCAGCAUCAUCCUGGGCAGCUUGUAUCAUGCUGACCACCUUUCCAGAGCAAUGUACCAGCGGCUUACUGAGAUUGAGGUCCUACCACCAUCCUACAGUCUGAACAAGCCUCUGCUUAGUGGAAUUAGUAACACCGAGGCUCGUCAGCCUGGAAAGGCACCAAGCUUCAGUGUGAACUGGACUGUUGGAGACCAGGGUUUGGAGGUGAUUAACGGCAACACAGGGAAGGAUGAUCUAGGUCGACCCUCAAGACUUUGCAAACAUGCUCUCUACACCCGCUGGAUGGACUUGCACAGUAAGCUGUCCUCCACCCUGCUCAUCCAAACGGUGCAGCCUAGAAGCUACCAUGAAGCCAAGCAGGCAGCUGUGGAAUACCAUUUGGCCAAGCAGGCCCUCUUCAGAGUCUUCCACAAGGCCGGACUGGGUGCCUGGGUCAAGAAACCUGUAGAGCAGGACCAGUUUUCUCUCAACAACUGAGUUGAUUAACUGAACAUAAACUGAGUAUGUAGAUGAUUUUCGAGGAACUAGAACAGUUACCGGAAGAUAUGCAGGUUAACAGUGGAGGGUUUUUGAGCCAGUGGCUCCCACACACACUAUCAUCUAGGCUCGCACUGAUCUGGGAUUUAUUAUCAAUAACUGUAAUGAAUUUAGCCAGAUAUAUGAAUUUCUCUGUAAGAACUGUAAUUAUAUAAUACAGUGUUAUUAGUGGUCAUUACUGAUUUAUAUUUGAAACCGAGGCAACAGCACAAUGUUCAUGAUAUAGCACUUACUGGAAAACCAUGUUUUAUGUUUUCAAAACAGAAACUGAAUAUUUAAGCUGAAAUUUAAAGUUUACCCUUGCAUCUUAUAUUAGCGAUCAGCAACAUUAGCAUGGUCAAACUAAGUGUAAACAGCAUUCUAUAUUCCCUACAGAAGAUAGAUUGUUACUUUAGAUCUCAGAUUAUUUUGAUACAGGUUACAGUUAGAGUGGCUUAGGUUAUCCUGAGCUAUCUCUGUAGUGAUGCUGCUAUAGGCUUAGACUGCUGGAGGAUAUAAAGACCACUUUCACACCCUCAGCAACAUUCUCAUACUACUCUCCAAUAGCUUUAUUUGCUGUUAUUUCAGCUUUUAACUUUAUGUUCUCUCUCUGUUUUUCUCUUUCUAAAAGCUACAUCUGACCUGGCUCUGUGUUUAGAUGUGGCUUCUUCCUGGAGAGGGACAUCGGCUGAGCUGCUGCUGCCAAAGACUUAAUGCUCACUAUAUAAAGAUGAAACACUUGGCCCUGUCUUUCAGUGUUUAACUCUGCCUCUCUCCUAGACAUAGCUAUUGUCUGAGCUUCUACUGUGACUAACUGUAUGUGCUCUCUUUCAUACUCUAGACUUGAAAACUGGCUCAGAGU